AUGGAAACAAAAUUGUGCCGAAUUUGUGGAAAGCUCGGACAAAACUUCAUACAUAUUUUCAAAACAGAAGGAUUGAGGAGCAAAAUCGAGACAUGUCUGCCUAUAAUUGUGACUCCAUACUGUCUUCUACCAGAUACCAUCUGCGGAGAAUGUGCGGAAAACGUAGACAACUUUUACUCAUUCAUAAAGAACUGUUUACAGAACAUCAUCAUUCUAGAAGCCCAGUACGAUAUACAGGAUUCUUGUUUGAAGUCUAAACAGAAACGAGACAAGAGCUCCUAUACCGACUUCAACCACAGGAAGAUCAACAAGGGAAAUCAGACCGAAGAUCGUUUAGAUGUUCUUACCGGAUUAAAUGGUGGAUUUGAUGAGUUCAGGCAGAGUUUCCCUCUGACUCUUAAUUUCUUAGAAACUCCUGUUAAUUUACACAUGAAAACUGAUACUCGGCUAGUUGAAUACGACGUUGAAUCUGAUUCUAGUCUGGACGAAUGCUUCGAAAACAGGGGCGAAGUUACUUUGUGCGAUAAACUGCAAUCCUUUACUCAGAUCUCCAAACUGGUCGAAGCAUUCACCAGUAAACCAGUGCUUCCUCCCAAAUCGCAAUACUUCGACGAUUCCGAAAAGAAUUUGAUAACAGAAAUAUCCCAAAGAAAAAAUUUGAAAAGAAAAAACGAAUUUAUAGAAACUUGCAAGCCAAAAAUUUACAAACUCGAUAAUUGUAACAGAAGAAAGAAUAAAGUACCAAAGAAGUUAGAUACUCAAGAUGUUAGUGAAGAAAAUUUCAAUUUCGAAAGUAGGGAACAAGCUGAUAGGAUAGAUCUUGCUCAGAUUAAUGAUGCAGCUAAUGAGGAAAUUGAAAAUCAGCAGAUUGUUGAACAAAACGAAAACCUGCUGUCAUCUUUACCGCAAAGUUGUUUAUUGUGUGAUACUCACUUUUCUGGACCAUCGGCUCUAGCCGCCCAUGUUUUUGAGUCCCACGGGAUCGACAUGUCCGAAGUUGUGUCUUCCGGUUCGGGGGAGUCUUUUCCAGAGAAGAGCAAAAAGAAGUUACCAAAUCUCGUAAAAAUAUCUGAUCUCAAAAAGACUGAUUCACUAGAAAAUAACCAGUACUGCGACCUUCAACAGGAUCCUCAUUCGAUGUAUUGUCCAAAUUGUUCCAAUGUAUUCACGAGUAAACAAGAUCUGAUGAUGCAUUUAAGGCUAAAACACGCACAAAUGGCAGGUUUCGUUUGUGGGAUAUGUUUGCAUCAGUGCUCAUCGUACAUGAACCUUAAGCUGCAUUUGCAGAGCUGCUCCAACACUCAACUACCAUCUACCAAAUAUAUCUGCCAGGUGUGCCAAUAUGGAGAUGAUAACUUCAAGUGGCUGGAGAACCACGUUUUGGUGCACGAUUUUUUAAUCGAGGCUUGUAAAAAACAGAUGAAGAUGUUCGAUCCCGAAGACUUUAUUGAUAUUAACGAAGCAAUGGGUAACACACCAUACAAAGGAUUGAGUUGUGCAGAUUGUGGUGUGAAUGAAUUUUAUUCUUAUAAGGAAUUUAGUGCGCACAGGAGAAAUAAGCACAGUAACUUCCAUUGUGAUCUAUGCAAUAAGUUUUAUGGUCGAAAUUCACAUUUGUGGAAACACGUUAACAGAUUGCACAAAGGCCAUCCAAGCAUUACUUGCCAGCUGUGUUAUAAAACCUCGGCUUCCAAAUACCAUCUUUCCCAGCAUUUUAACAAAAUCCAUCUAGCCAAAAGCGGGAAAAAGUCUUCCUCUGCAGAACUGGUGGAAAAAGAAAAUUCACCUAAAUUUUCUUCCUUUGAUUUUUUGUCUAUAAGAGACAAGUUUAUCAAAGAGGAACUGGAGUAUACUAGCGAUCAAGAUGAAAAUUCUAAUCACUCAGAACAAGAGGAUGAUCUAGUCAUUAAAGAAGAGUAUGAUGAGGACGUUAAGGAUGAAAAUCUCAGAGAACCCAAAGAAAUAGAUUCUUCCCAUGACAUGUACACUAAUAUCAUAACCAAUUAUACUCCUCCAAUAAACGAAGGUGACUUUAAAUGUCCAAAAUGCUCGAAGGGUUUUAAUAAAAAACUUUUGUUAAAGAAGCACAAGAAGAACUGUAGACCGAGAAUGCAAAAAGAUUUGCUAACCAGAUGUAAAUCGUGUGCCAGAAUCUUUAAAGAUCGUCAGAGUCUCGCCAAACAUCUCAUCAAUUAUCAUUCUGAGUACACCUGCGAAAUAUGUACGGAAAAAGUACAAAGCAAAUGCGAAAUAGUUUCACAUAUCAGGUUUAGACAUCCCGGCUGUCCCUUGUUUUGUAGAAUAUGCACAAAUGUUCUCAGAAGCAAAAACGAUCUACAAGAACAUGUGAGAAAUCACUUUGAUUCCCACAUCUGCCAGUUCUGCGGUGAUUCACUCCCGAGCAAAAUAAAACUCAAAAUGCACAUACUCAGUUUACAUCGAAAGAUAUUGAGUCUUUCCUGUGGGAUUUGUUUGAAGUUAUUUGAAAACCAGCACGUUCUGAGAGAUCACGUCAAACUGGUACACAAAAACGAGCUGGCACCUCUAACUUCCUGUCCGAUUUGCGGCAAGAAUUACGGAUCGAAGUGGAAGACAUAUGAUCACAUAAACAAAUCGCAUGGUAGAAUAUUCAGAGCUUGCAAAACCUGCUUGGAAGUGUUUGAUAAUGAUGCUCAAUUACAGGCGCAUUGUGACGUUACCGCUCACGGAGGCCAAGUGGGCAACGCCAAUGCUGCCGCGCUCAGAAACAGUAUUAUGGCCCAUAUUAAGUCCGCGAUGAACGAAGCUGUGGCACAGAACGAUCACGAUAACAACGACGACACUGAUAGUGAUGAAGAAGGCGAAUCAGAUGGGGAAUACCACAAGCAACAUUACGAUGAACCUAAAUCAUUUUUAUCCCAGGAUGCUAAAAUAUCAUUAUUAGAAAAGCGACUGUUGGGUAAAACGUCGACUGAUGACGAAAGCAGUAUUAAAUCCAAACCAGCAUUAAGUAGUAGCAAUAAGAAAAUGAAAUUGUCUGUGAAUGAAGUUAAACAAAAACCGUUUAACAAGAAAGAAGAUGAAUCAGAUAUGAACAAUCCCCAAACAAACUCCUCGAAACGCACAGUCUACGUUAAUAGCAAUGAUCCUUCGUACUGUGAAAUUUGCUAUAAAACCUGGCCUGCAAAGAAGCAUCUUUGGCAACACUAUAUUCGCUGUCACAAAACUGUAGCGGCAACGGUAUGCGGAAUAUGCUUAAAAACAAAUGACAGCUACAAAUCUUUGCAAAAGCAUUUAAGAGACAAUCACCCAAAGUUACUCCAUGGUCAGGGAUUUGGUUCAAACUUUAUUUGUAGGAUAUGCGGAAGGUACCACAACGCGAGCUCAAAGUUAAAGUUACACAUGGUAAUACAUGAAAACUUUGAUUGGACGCUUAUAGAAGAUAGUGAUAAAUCUGAAAAAGUAGUGGUUCCUAAACCCACCUCAAAUGGCUUUAAAAUUGACAAAGAAGAAACUGAUAGAGAGGAAUAUACUGAUAAUAUUAAUUAUGAGAGUUUGAUCGAACAAGUCGAAUGCUCAUCUCAAUCGGACAAUGAUGAAUCUGACAACGACCAACCGUUACAAAUUAAAGCUGAUUAUUCUUCUGAAGUACAAGAAGAUACCGAGGAUUCGAUAAUGUCGUCUAAUACUAAUCAUGGUCAAGUAAUUAACGACAAACCACCAGAACCAGUGCAACCCAUGCCUGCUCAACAGCCGGAAUAUUCCUCUUCCAGCGAAGAUUCCAGUUCUAGUUACACCGAAGGAACCAAAAGUGAAUCUUCCGAUGAUGACUGUUCUCAAGGAUCUCAAUCAUUACCGCCACAUAACAAAUUCAACCCGAGAUCUAACUCCAACACUGCGGAUUCGGUGCUGGACAGCAACAUUUUCAACAGAAAGCCAGAAGAGCUGGACUCUGCUAUCAAGUCGAUAAGUUACGAGUGUAUGGAACCGGUAGAUCUGAACGUUGUCGACGAUUAUUGCGAAUUACAAAAUAACUGUCUCAACGAGAAUGAGAUUGAGUCUGCAGUUGGUAGUAUUCUUUAA